AUGUCACUGGAAUAUACAGAAAAACAAAUCGAAGGACUUCGAAAAAUUCAGCGACUAUGGCGUCGCUAUAUUGAUGUGCAAGUAUUUCGUUUCUAUCGUGAUCUUAUCAAUUUUCAUAAUAACGGUGAUCCACAAAUUUUAAUGCGUACAAUAAAUCCCACAGAAGCAAAAUAUAUAGAUCCGGCAGCUGGUGUUCGCAUACGUUUUCGUUUAGCUGGUGAACGUUUUCCACCGACAAUUUACUAUAAAAUGUUUACAAAUCGACCUAUUCAAGACAUAUGCGCUAAUGCGCCAAGAGAUUACACACGUCCUUAUCUAAGAUUAAAAAGUGCAGUGGAUUCUAAUAAUAAAUUAAAUCGAUUUCCACAACAAGAUCAAGGUGGAUGGUAUCGUCGAAUUGAAAAUAAUGGUUGGAGGCCAGUUGCAUAUACACAUUUAUUGCAAGUGAACAUUGACCAAUAUUUUUGUUCAAAUGAAUUUAAAAAGCCCACCCCGUUUUCUCAUUCAAGAAUGCAGCGACGACAAGAUGUAGAACAGAGACGCAAACAAAGAAAAUUAGAGUGGCUUAAAAAAAUGUAUCAAGCUGGUAUGGUUAAUGCAAAUAAGAAUGAGGAUCUAAAAGAAAACGACAGUGAAAAUGAAAUGUCUCGUCUUAUCAAUGAAACUACAGCAAGUAUAUUACGAAUAUAUAAUACAUUUGGCGAAGAAGCUGUCGAAGAUUGGGAAGUUAACGAAUUACUUGAAUGGACACAUAAUCUAAAUUAUGAUGAAUACUUAAUCGAUUGGCGAACGAUUGGUACAAGUGGUUCAUCAAAUAUUCUUGUUGAUAGAGCAAUUCGAUAUCAACAAACACGAGAUGUUGAUGACCGAUCAAAUUCAAGUUUAACUGAAUCAAGACAUGUAUCAAUGCAAGCGAAUGUUCCAACUAAUGGUUCCCUACGAAUGCUGCCCAUGUUGGACGGUGAACCAAGUUUUGAACGUACAUCAACAACUGCUCCUUCGCAACCGGCUAGUGAGCAUAAAAAUUAG